GUGUGUGUGUGUGUGUGAGUGAGUGAAACACUGAGUGUUUUCAGUUGCAGAUUUGCUCAGUGCGCACUCGGAGGAACAAGCCUUCAGUGUGCACUCAUGGAUUAAUAUCCAACUGGAGUAAUCAAUAGGAUUUUCUACACAUCCAUGACAUACCACCAGGACUUUUACAUAGCGAGAUCAUGUGAACUUCACGCAACUGUUGUGGUUGGCCUACCAACAAGCUCGUUUCGAUGAUUUUAAUGACCCUUUUCAUCGCCUUCAUCGCAGGAUUUUGGAAUAGGCCACCAAAACUAAAAGCAAGGAGAACUGGAAGAUGUGUUUGUAACCCUUGGUGCUUUGAGAAUCACAUGGAAUGCCUUUUGAACUCAGAGGUUUGGAAUUCUAUCUUAAUUCUGAGCUGUCUAAGUGCUCUAUUGCCCAUGGCUGAAGGUCAUGCAAUGCAGGCGCUGCGAGACCUCCAGAACGCACUAGAAAAGACGGAGCAUUUAUUCAACAAAUCUGAUGCAACCUUGUACACUCCAAAUACUGAGAAUAUCAAUGAAUGCACAUAUAAGCUUCUCGACUGUUUUCUGAUGGAGAUGAACGUUCUCUUGCAUGAAGAAGACCCAACAAAUUCUAACAAACACCAGCCCAUGAUAGAGGAAUCUUUAGACUAUUAUGUAAGUCUGCAUAAGAACUGCAAGUCAAAGCGAUACUACUGUGAACAGGAACUCACCAACUCCAUGGUUUUCUUUGAGAGGAUGAAGACAUUCCUCCAGAAACUGUCUUCAGUUUGCCAGGGAGAACAGAAUGCAACAUGUGUUUAGAAUCAUACUUUAUCUCACUGAUUGCAUGUACAAUAAGCUCAUUUAUCUAUUAUCAUUUUAAAUUAUGCUAUUAUCUUUUUUUUUUAUAUCACUAUUUAUAUCACUCUGAAAGUGUCACUUUGUUAAUACUGUAAGAAUAUAUUUUUUAACAAAGGGGUUUUGUGAAUAAUUGUUGAACUGUAAAUGUCUUCUAAAUGUACAGAAUUUUAAGGUGAAAUAUUAAAAAUUGUUUGAUGUAAUAUAGCUUUUAUAUAGUUUUAUAUUCCAUGUAUUGCUACAUUAAAGCAUGUUUUAUUAACAGAAA